AUGGAAGACCUCAGUACAGUACGAGGUUCAGUUUAUUUCCUUCUGAAGAAGAGUAAAGUGGUAACGAUGUAUCUAUUACAUGUUUGUUUGUUAUUAACCACAUGCGUCAUCAUCGAAGCUGGUUAUAUCGGGUAUCCUCGCGAAGGCUAUGGAUACUAUCCUGGAUACGUCACAUAUAGAAAUACAUACAAGGACUACAGCGGAGAUAUCCAAGGAAAUUAUUAUGCGUAUCCAAAAUAUAACUACGACUACUCAGUGAACGAUCCCCACACUGGAGAUCACAAAACUGCGUGGGAGGUCCGGGAUGGUGACGUAGUAAGAGGUGCAUAUUCUCUUGCUGAAGCAGAUGGCACUACACGCCUCGUGGAAUAUACAGCUGACAAGCUUAAUGGCUUUCAAGCUGUUGUCAAGCGGAUAGGACAGCCUCACCACACUGAAGUUUAUCCGAAACAAUACGAAACCGUUCGCACCUAUGGCUACCACUAG